AUGUCGAAGAAGGGGAAAAAUGAUGGAUGGGAUCCGUUUUGGGAAAUUCGGUCCCCAAUUGGUCUCGACUGCACUCUGGACAAUGAGGAAGAGGAAGAUGAAUUUGACAAAGUGGUUGUAAGCAGGGUCGAAUAUGGAAUUGAUGUGAAUGAUCAUAAUGAACUUCGAAGUUUCUUCAAACACACCGCUAGAGAUCCUCAGGCCAACCAUGUUGCUGCUAGACUUAGACGUAGAGAAGACACGGAGGCUGCUGUCCCUACAGCUGGUAAUCUACAUACUUUAAAUCAUUCGGAUAAUAUUGUUCCUCCUAAGCCCAUUUUGAAAAAGCGAGAAAGUUUCGCUGAUGAGAAGCCCUCAAAACGUGUCCGCUUCUAUGAAGAACAAUCUUCAUCACCAGCUAAAGAUAGUUCUUCAGAUACGGCUGUUACUGUACCAAUAGAAGAAGAAACUAUUAUGAUUUUACCUUGUGAUCAUAAUCAAUACUUGGCUUUUUGUGGAGCAGCAGAAACAGAUGAGGCAGCAUCCAGCUUGUAUAUGCGAUACAAUCUAGAUUCAUCUGAUGACAUGAAUGAAGCUUCUAAUCGGAAGGCCAACCUGGACUUCCUUAAGAUGCUGAACAAACCAAUAUCAUCAACAAAAUCACAAGUUGACAGUGAAAUUUUUCGGCAACCACUGACAUUCCAUCCAAGAAAGAAAGCUCAAAGUAGUAGUAGUUCAAUAAUUAAAGAGGAAGAAGAGUCAAAGGGCAGAGUUUUUGCUCUGAGUGUCGCUGGUUGUUGUGGUGAUGUUAGUCUGGAUGAUGAUGAAGACUCCGUAAUAGACGAAGUUGGAAGCGAAACAAGGGUGCUUGCUGAUAAGAGCUCCCUGAAACCACCAGGCAGGCGUUACCAGGCUAGAACUGUCAUGGAUUCUGAUGAUGUAGCUUAG